GAUGCAGGCGGCCGAGCCUAUGCCGAGCUACGAGCAGCUGGUGCGGCGGAGUUACCGGAGCCUAGUCGGGGCGCUGCGGAGCUGCACAGAUUGCGGCUGGGAACUGUCCCUCCGGACGUGGGCCGAGAACGCCCGGCUGGCCUGGACGGAGGCGCUGCUUUUUCUCCUUUGCGCCUUCGGUUGGACUCUAGCGCGCAGCGCAGCCUCUCGCUACCUCUUUCGGCCCAUCGCUGAGCAGUGUCACUUGCCUUCCAAGGAUGCUACUAAGAUGCCCGAAAGUGCCUGGAAGCUCUCUUUCUACAGCAUCUCCUGGUUAUACGGCACUUACUUGCUCUUCUUUGCUGGAUACCCAUUUUUCCAUGAUCCACCGUCUGUCUUUUAUGAUUGGGAAAAGGGAAUGCAGGUGCCACUGGAUAUUGCCCUCGCCUACCUAACGCAAGGCAGUUUUUAUGCCCAUUCUAUCUAUGCCACCCUUUACAUGGAUGCCUGGCGCAAGGACUCCGUCGUGAUGCUUAUUCACCACGUGGUCACACUGACCCUCAUCGCCUUCUCCUAUCUUUUCAGAUACCACAACAUAGGGAUUCUUGUGCUCUUCCUUCAUGACUUUAGUGACAUCCAGCUGGAGUUUACCAAACUCAACGUUUACUUCAAGUACCGGGGCGGCAUUUACCACCGUUUAAACGACACCCUUUCCAAUGCUGGCUGCGUCUCCUUCAGCGUUAGUUGGUUCUGGUUCCGCUUGUACUGGUUCCCCUUGAAGGUGCUUUAUGCGACCUGCCACACCAGCCUCCAAACUGUCCCCAAUAUCCCAUUUUAUUUCUUCUUCAACGUGCUGCUGUUUAUCCUCAUGCUGAUGAAUAUCUAUUGGUUCUUGUACAUCGUUGUUUUUGUGGCCAAGAUUUUGCUGGGACAAGUGCAGGAAGUGAAGGACGUACGGGAAUAUGAUACUGAUGCUGCUUCUAAGAAGACAGGCAAGGAGCUUCAUCUCCACAACUCUUGGAAGGAAGGAAAUCACUUAAAGAACGGCAUCGUGAAAGACAAGCGGUUAUAGAGGCACUCGCAGAACCACAGAGCCGAAUUCUGGAGAAACCCGCAAGGAACCAUUCAUUCAAACUCCAGCCUGUUCAGGGGUGAACUGAAGAGCUGCCACCCUAUUCCGCCCAGGGUUGACAACCAAAUUCUAAUUGAGGAGCAAUCUACAAAUUUUCUUUUUUCUUUUAAAAGCCCCCUGGAGUUGGAUUUCAAGCUGGAUUUCCAUUAGCAGUGAUGGAAACGAGGAGGAGGAGGUCCAUGACGCGUCGUUUAGCCGAGUCAGAUUGGAGCAGGGCAUUAACACACACACACACACACAAAAAUAGCUACUUCCAUCCUCUGGUGCAUCAAUGGCGCCUAGUAGGAAACAUUUCCCAUCAGGAUAGAGGGACGAGGAACUGACAAGUUUUCUGUGGCUUCUGCGCAGCAGGGCCUUCUCUGUGGUGGCCCCAAGAAGGCAGAACUGUUUUCCCCCCUUGGUUCAGGACUCCUGAUUGGUUGAAGAGCAGGAUGGGCGGAAAUCCCUUCAGGAUCUCCAGGUGGCAAAAAGCAAUGAUAGAAAAAGCACAUGUGUGAAUCGAUGAAUUUUCAGCCUUGCAAGUUGGGGUUGGAAAGGAGUAUCCCACAAUGCCCUGCGGCACUUUUUACCCCUGUUCCUUUUUCUAAACCCUGUUUGUUUUCCCCCUUUGUUCUGGUUGGGAGAGGAAAAAGGCGGCAGUACUGUUUUGUCUUAACUGCGUGUAUUUGGAGAAGUUGUA